AUGGCCUCCGCCUCCGGGGUAGGGUCGUAUUCGAACCCGUUGAAGAAGUUCAAAUUGGUAUUCCUAGGCGAACAAAGUGUGGGAAAAACCUCUUUGAUUACUCGAUUCAUGUACGACUCCUUCGACAACACAUAUCAAGCUACGAUCGGCAUCGACUUCUUGUCCAAGACGAUGUACCUAGAAGACCGCACAGUCCGUCUCCAACUCUGGGAUACUGCUGGCCAAGAACGAUUCCGCUCUCUGAUUCCCUCCUACAUUCGUGACUCCAGUGUUGCGGUUGUCGUAUACGAUAUCUCGAAUGCCAAGUCCUUCCAGAACACUCGGAAAUGGAUUGAUGAUGUUCGUGGAGAGCGUGGGAACGAUGUUAUCAUCGUAUUAGUUGGCAACAAGACGGAUUUGAACGAUAAGCGAGAGGUCACCACCGCGCAGGGCGAGGAGGAAGCUAAGAAGAAUGGAUUGAUGUUUAUUGAGACCAGUGCUAAGGUCGGCCACAACGUGAAGCAACUGUUCCGGAGAAUCGCUCAGGCUCUUCCUGGAAUGGAGGGUGAGGCUAAGCAGGGAGAAAGCACAAUGAUCGAUGUGAACAUCCACCCCAAGGAAACCACCAACAAUGAUGGCUGCGCUUGUUAA